AUGGCGGCUUUAGCAGCACUCCUUCCUACUCCAAUACAUUCACAAUCUUUCGAGGAGGAGGCUGACAUCUCGCGGCCAGCGUCAGCGCCUUCUCAAUCACUCAUUGCUCGCCCCACUAUCCCUCCCUAUGGUCAACGACGCGGCUGGAGACCAUCCUCUCUAGCAGAUUAUGCGGACGGUGGGUCGUACCCCGAAUGCCAUGUCGCACAAUAUCCGCUGGACAUGGGCAAGAAGAAGGGCUCGUCUGGGAACACCCUUGCCCUUCAGGUCGACAGUGAUGGUAACGUCCGCUAUGAUGCCAUUGCCCACCAAGGCCAGCGACCGGACAAAAUCAUCCAAUCCCAAUUCAAAGACCUCGUGCCACUACUGCAUCGGAAAGACCUCACGGAUGAGGAUCGAAAUAUGGACAGGCCGUCGGAGGAUGAAGUGCAGGAAACCGCUGACAAGACGAGGGCGGCUUUGGAGAAGUUAGUUUCGGGGAAAAUCAAAGCAGCCCAACCUAAGAAUGUCCUGGAUACUGGUGGCCAAGCUUCCUUCAUUCGGUACACACCAGGCCAACAAAACGGAUCCUCUACCCUCCAACAACGCAUCAUCAAAAUGUCCACAGUUGUCGAAGACCCAUUGGAGCCACCGAGAUUCAAACAUAAAAAGAUUCCGCGUGGCCCACCCAGUCCACCGCCUCCCGUUCUACGUAGUCCUCCCCGGAAAGCGACUGCUCAAGAACAGAAGGAAUGGAUGAUUCCGCCAUGCAUAUCCAACUGGAAAAACAACAAGGGUUUCACCAUUCCACUGGACAAACGAUUGGCGGCAGAUGGUCGUGGCCUGCAGGACGUGAGCAUCAACGACAACUUUGCCAAAUUUUCCGAAGCUUUGUUUGUCGCAGACCGACAUGCCCGCGAGGAGGUCCGCCAACGAUCGCUUAUGCAACAAAAGCUUGCUCAGAAGGAGAAAGCGUCGAAAGAAGAGAAUCUACGCGCCAUGGCUCAAAGGGCACGGGAAGAACGAGCCGGUGUUGCUGCGAAACCCACUGUCGCAAGCCAGGCAGCAAUGAACACGUCGCUCGCGAACUACGGAAGUGACAGUGGGAGUGAUGAUGAGUCAGACAAGGGCAGUGAAGAGGACGAGGACGCUGCUCGUGUUCGUGACCAAAUGCGCCAAGAGAAGCGUAGAGAGCGUGAACGAGAGAUGAGAAUGAAUAAUAUGGGCACGGAGCAAAGGGCUAAACAACUUGCUCGACAACAGAAUCGCGACAUUUCAGAGAAAAUUGCCCUUGGUCUUGCCAAGCCCACACUCUCCAAAGAAUCCAUGCUCGACUCGCGGUUGUUCAACCAGGAAUCGCUGUCAGGUAGCUUUGCCGACGAAGACUCAUACAACCUCUACGACCGCCCGCUAUUCCAUGGCUCAACUGCCGCUGCUGCAAUCUACAAAGCUCGCGGUAACAUUACUGAAGGCAACGAAGAUUCAUUUGGUGGUGGAACCGACGAGGGUAUUGGCAAAGCGCUCGAUAACGACCGGUUUGGUCUUGGGCAACCGAAAGUUGGGUUCGAGGGUGCCGCUGACCAAGAAAUACGAGAAGGUCCAGUGCAGUUUGAGAAGGAUACUGGUGAUGUCUUUGGGCUGAAUCAGUUCCUUGACGAGGCCAAGACUGGUAAGAAACGCGGUCUUGACACUAGCGGUGGUGGCUCUCGCAAGCGGCAGCAACUGGAGCGGGCGUCAGAACGAGAUUGGCCUGACGGAUCAAAAGUUGUUGACCAAUUUGGACUUUGUGACGGAACAAAAACUUUUAUGAGCGCUGCGUCUGGCGCACGGACGCUGCUCAAGUACACUGGAAUCCCGCCUUCUUGGUUCGAAAAACGACCCAAACUCCCCUCACGCAACUGGCUUAUCUUUUACUCCUUCACGUCGUCAUGCAUUGGCCUCUAUGUUUAUGACCGCCGCCAAUGUCGUGCCAUUCGUCAAGAAUAUAUCGACAAAGUCAAGGACUUUGCUGACGAAACCGUUGGAUCCAUGUACCACCCACGCAAAGUCCUAGUUUAUGGUGGACGGUGGCCUGGGGACGAGGACUACGACCAGCCGCUGAAAUAUUUCCGCAAGUAUGUCAAGCCAAUACUCGUCGCAGCGGCUGUCGACUACACUAUGGUUGGCGGGAAACGUCUUGGGGACGUGGCAGGACGCGUAGCAGAGAGCAUUAAGGCACAGCGACGAGUUGAAGCUGGCUUAGAAGAAACCCCAGACUAUCGCAAAGCCCUGCCGUCUUACUUGACGCCUGAAGAGGAACGACUACACCAAUUAGAAGGCGGUAUUAUGAUCAUUGGGCGGCCAACAUUCAAAGAGUUUAUGACGGGACUUAAACGCGGCUGGUCUGAGCCGCUGGACAAGGUGGACAAGGAGGAAAUGCUUGCGCAAGAGCUUGAAGCAGAUGGUCGGUUUGAUGAGUCCGACGAAGAGCCAACACCAUUGCCGCCAAUAUUGCUGCCCCCCACUCAAAUUACUUCUCAGCCGUCUCUUCCCACUGUGCCCUCGCUACCGCCCAUCGCCCUAGUUCCAUUCACGGACUUGCUGGGCUUCACGAAAAUUCCGCUCAUGAUUUGGCAGUGGUUUAACCGCCGACACGAUGUACGGAACGGCGCUGAGGCUGCCUACAGCGUGGUUAUGGGCCAAACACGUCCCUUCUCCACGCCGUUAUUCUCUGAUAUCACGCCAGGCGAAUCGGACCUCGAAUUCGAUGUCGCCUGUGAACGGUGGCUCAAGAAAUCGCUCUUUGACCUGCCCAAGGAGACCGAAAAAGCGCGCGAAAAGUAUUAUACGGAGCUCAAGAGUAAACUUGAAACAGCCAGAGCAUUGGCGAGAGGCACACGGGAGCCUACCAAGGAGGAGACUGCCAACCCGCCACCCACCGAGGUGGAGUUGAGAGCGGAGCGGCUAAAGAACGAAAAGAGGUGGCGAGGAGAUCUACGAGGCUGGGAAAUUGUCAGUCCAGCAACCAAGACAGCUUGGGACGACAGAUUCCGUGACGUCCUUCGAGUAUACACAAAUCCGAAAUAA